CGAGAGCUUUCCUUUACACCGUGUUCUCGCUGACUGUAGACCUAGAGUGAAGAAGGACAGCUGAUUUCGUAGCCUUUAGAGACUGCGUUCAAAAGGCAGCCUUGCCUGACAGUCACUGGAUUCCUUUCACUUCCAAGGACUUUCUUAUGCACGGCGAAACGGAAGAGUUUGUGAGAGUUACUUGACUCUUUCGAGACGAGAAUCGAGACAAUUGCAGUGCGAAAUAUCGGCUUGACAGGGUUUCGUUUCCGAAGGUCGGCUCAGAUGGCCGAUUGCUCUUGAGGUUAGACCCCAUCCCCAGAGAUAGAAGUUUAGCGGAGUAAAUGGCAUCCGUAUAGGUUAUUUUCCACUAAGUGCGAAACGAGCAAGUACCUCCGACGAUAAUCAAACCAAUACCGGUCCAGUCAACGUCAUUCGACUUUGUCGCUUUGAAGAGAGAACAUGUCAGGACCUUGGGGCUACCAUUCGGCCAAUGGGCCCGAAAAGUGGCAUGAGCAAUUUCCUAUUGCCAAAGAUGGAUGCCGUCAGUCUCCAAUAGACAUUGAAACUGACACUGCCGAGGAUUCUGGUGAUUUCCCUUCAUUAACUUAUCGAUAUAAACCGGAGAACACGAAGGCCAUCCAGAACACUGGGGCCAGUUGGAUGGUUUCUGUGGACAGCGAAGGGUCAAGCUUGAAAGGAGGCCCAUUGGAGCAGGAACACGCCCUAUGGCAGUUUCAUGCUCAUUGGGGCGAUGAUGGAACGAAGGGUUCAGAGCAUACCCUGGAUGGCCGCAGAUUUGCCUCUGAGCUCCAUUUGGUGCAUUGGAACAAGGAGAAGUAUGGAACGCCUGAAGAGGCUGCUGCACAACCAGACGGACUAGCGGUUCUUGGCAUUUUUCUGAAGGAAACCGAAGACGUCAACCACCCGGAAUUGGACAAGAUUUGCGAUCUCCUUCCGCAAAUUCAAUACAAAGGCGAAAAGGCUAAGUUUCCUGUUCCGCUGAAUCCUGCCAAGCUUCUUCCAGAGUCUAAAGUGUUCUUCACUUACGAAGGAUCCUUGACAACCCCUCCCUUGUAUGAGAGUGUCACUUGGAUCGUCUUCAAGGAACCCAUUGAGGUCUCAAAAGCUCAGUUGAACUUUAUGCGAGAGUUGCUAAUCGUGCCCGAAGUUGAGUCAAACAAACUCAAGGCCGAAGACAAGAUGGUGAACAACUUCCGACCCCCGGUUCCCAAGGGUAACCGGAAGCUGAGGCAGAAAUAAGUGUGAAUGGCACUGAGGAAUCAUUCAUGAUCACGUAGUCAAUGUAAGGCGUUCCUAGCGGGCUUCUACAAUUUGGCCCAAAUGCAUGCAAGACAAAUAAGGGUCACUGCUACGUGGGAAACGAGUUAUAGUGAGAACUAAAUAUGAGAUGAAUCCCCGCCAUAGAUGUCAGACGGAAUUGCCAAAUGAAUUAUGUGAAUAUUUUGUAAUAGUUUAUCCUUGAUUACCUAUGCAUCAGACACAUUUUAGUUAGCUCCUUAGCUAGCUUUAACUAAUUCUAAUUAGUAAUUACUCAUGUAGCCCCAAAACUAAACGAAUAAAGGUCUUUAUGAUAAUA